GAAGCUUUCUGCAACUUUGUAUUGUUGACGAUUUUGGCCGAUACGAGAAAAAGCACCUCACACAAUUCUUCUAGAGAAAAGUAAGAAAUGAUGGCUUCGAAAAUUAAAGGUCUUGUUAGUAAAAAGAAACGCAGAUAUAAAGAAGAUGGAUUUGACCUUGACCUUACUUACAUAUGUAACAAUAUUAUUGCAAUGGGCUACCCAGCUGAAAAACUAGAAGGUGUCUAUAGGAAUCAUAUUGAUGACGUUGCCAGGUUUUUAGAUUCAAAACAUGAUCAGCAUUAUAAAAUUUAUAAUUUAUGCAAAGAACGAAGUUAUGAUACUAGUAAGUUCCACCAAAGAGUGGCUCAAUAUCCAUUCGAAGAUCACAACCCUCCUAGUUUAGAACUUAUCAAGCCUUUCUGUGAGGAUGUUGAUGGCUGGUUAUCCAAAGAUAAAAAAAAUGUUGCUGCAAUCCACUGUAAAGCAGGAAAGGGUCGGACCGGGUGGUCCAUGAUUUGUGCAUAUUUGCUUCAUAAACGUAUGCAUGAAACAGCAGAAGAAGCUUUGAAAUAUUAUGGAAAUGCCAGAACAAUGAAUCAGAAGGGUGUUACUAUUCCAAGCCAACGUAGGUAUGUUGAUUAUUAUGGUGAACUAGUCAGAAAUAAUCUUGUAUACAGACCAGUUACGCUUCUACUGAAGUCUAUACUGAUGGAGCCGAUACCAACUUUUAAUGGUGGAACUUGCAGUCCAUAUUUUGUUGUAUAUCAACUGAAAACUAAAUUAUUUACCUCACCUACUCUUGAAGUUAAACGUAAUCAGAAGUUCCUAUUUUUUGAAAUUCUUGAUCCAGUACCUGUUUGUGGUGAUGUUAAAAUUGAAUUUCGCAAUCGUCCCAAGUUUGGUAAAACGGAGAAAAUGUUUCAGUUUUGGUUUAACACAUUCUUUGUCCGACCAGAAGCAGAAAGUUUAGGAAACUCAUCGCGAACUAAUGGUUGUACUACAUCAACAGUUUCAUCUUACUUAAAUUGGAACAGUUUUUCAUCUGCAACAAGAAGAGACCAAAAAAGCAGUAUACCUUACACAUCAUUUCCAUCAUCACCCUUUUCAGAUAGAAAUAAAAGCUCACACUGUGAAGGUCCAGUCAUGACUUUAUGUAAGAAUGAAUUAGAUAAAGCUACAAAAGAUAAGACAAAUAAGUUAUUUAGUCAAGAUUUUAAAGUCAAGGUUAUGUUCAGCAACAUGAAUGAUUCUCCAUUAACUAUUGCCCUUGAUACGGAAUCUAAGGCACAGCAGAAUAUUCAAAGUACCAGUGAAACUGCGAGUAGUCAUGGAGAGACAAGUAGUGAAAAUGAAAUGCUAGAUACUGACACAGAGACCGAUGAUGAUGAUUGGGAAACCUGUGAGGCUACUCAUAUAUGAUAUAGAAUGUUUAUUAUUUUAACUUAUUUUGGUUGUUCAGAUAUAUAUUGUACCACAAAAGGGUACUAAAUCUAUUGGGCAUUAGAUAUCAUUCAUAAUUUGAAAGCCCUGUGAAUUCUUAAAUGACAAUUGAAAAAGAGAACCAUAUAAUGGAGAACAAAAAAAUUUUAAGAAUUUGAAUGGAAUUGAUUAUCAUCAAGCAUAAGACAACUGACAUUUAUUUUGUGUUAUCAUGAAGAAAUAUUCUAUUGUUAUCUGUGAUUUUUGUCCGUCAUGUACAUUUCUUUCAUAUUAAUAACUGGACACUGAACUUUUUUUUUUAAUAAGGACAUUGUAUAUAGUUUGUCAAUCCUAUCUCUUUUCAAUGACGCAAUUUUAUUGUUUUCCCAUUUGUGACUUCGCCUGCCAGGCUAAUCAUUGUGCCAAUAUCUAUGAAACUCAGAAUUUUUGCUGCAAACACGUAUUGUUUUAAAAACUAGUAUGGAGUUUGGUAUGGUGGUAUCCAUUUAAAAUGCUUUGAAGCAAUAUUAAAGUUUCAUUUUUUUUCUAUUUUUUUUUUUUUUUUUUAAUGUUCAUUUUGUUAAUAUGAACAAAAAAUCUUGUGAUAGUUUUUUUUUCUAAAUGUUUACAUAAGUACCUGAUAUGUUCACUUCCCAAAUUAUUUCUAUAAUGUAAUUUGAUAACAUUGUACAUUUUGUGGAUCUGAUUUAAUUAACAUCAUUUUAUGAUUUGAUAGUGAGAUUCUAUGUAUAAAUUACUUGCAUAAUUAAGUGUACAGUUUUCAUAAGCAUAUUGUUUGUACAAAAUGAUCAUAUCAUAAGAGUAUUAAACAAUUUUACAUUACAGUAUGUUUAUCUUUUCAUUGAAAAUGUUCUUUUCAAAAAAUAUACAAUAAAAAAUGCUUUAUUAAUUAAUGACAUUUCUUUUUGCUUGUUAGGUUUUGAAUGAAAUACAACAUAUAUAAUAACUUUUAUAAAAUAUGUAACAAUUUUUUGUUACUAGAAAAUCAUCCGUCAUGGUAUGACGGGUGCAAAUUGCUUCUUUUUUGGAAAGAUUUCUUGUAAAAUUUGGCGUUUUCAAAUAGAUGAAUAUGAGACAGAAAUGUUUAACAUUGAUUGAGAAAUUUUUAAAUUCAUCAUUGGCCUGAACUUAAAAAUGGACCGCCAAGUUACUUUAUUCAAUGUCUAACCAGCAAAUCGGUUGUUUAUUGAAUCUAGUUUUGCCUUGUUAUAACAAUCACUUCUCUGCUUCUCAAACGCUACCAAAACAUAUUAGUUAAUUAUAAAUAAAAUUACUAAUUUAUAAAUGAUGCAACAAUGAAAUGUUGUCUCGCAAGUUAUACUGCUAGUUUUAUUAUUGGUGACGUCAGUGUUACUCAAUCAGUGAUUUUGGCUAUUAUAUGUAUGGAGAUUGAUAACACCAAAGUAAAUUUAACAGUAAAUGUCUAAGUAAAUGAAAGUCAUUAAUUCAUAACUUCAAGCAAAAGUUAAUUUCAUGAAAAAUAUGUUAUAGGGAUCUAUGCUAAUAUCUAGAAUAUAAAUUAACAGGAAUUUUGAUGCAUAUUUAUUUAAAAUGUAAGAUCAUUCUUUUAUUCUUUUGCCAUAAUGAGUCAUAAAGUGCUAGAAUAAUACAUGAUUUUAAAUCGCUUCCCAUUGCGACUUCUACAUUUUUAUAGUAAAACUGUUUAAUUAGGCAGUCGUGUCCGUUAACCAGUCCGGUGUAUCCAUUAGCCGUGUCCAUUACCAGUGUGGCACAUAUAAUGAAUUAAUGGCUAUACUGCUGUGUGCAGGUAAAGAGCAGUAACUGCAAAAUUUUCAUUUUUCAUUUUUUUGCCAUCUAUUGUACGUUAUCUUUAUUGCACAAGCUCAUUUAUUUGGUUUCCGCUGAAACAAAUGUACGAAAAAAAUGUCUAAUUCCAACAUUUGCCUAUUGUUAGUAUUGAAUCCAAAUUGCGUUUCUUCAAAUCUCUCAAACUCAUUUCUGCAGAUACUGCCGUUUAGCUGCACAUGGCAGUAUAACAUAAUAGUUUCAACUUCGUUCGUCUUUUUAUAAAAAACUUAUGGCUUUAACAAAAUUUGUAUUUGGUCCUUUCAAUUUUGCUAUAAACAGGUACAACUAUAUUUACUUAUUGUAUAGAAACUGCAUGAUAUGAAAAUUGUUCUCCUUGAAUUUCAAUAUAUAUAUUUUUAAGUAAUACUUUGAAAAUCAUGAAUAAUUAUUGACAACAUAUGCAAACACUAAAACUUUAGGAACUUUGCACUUUAAGUUAUUAAUCAAAUCAUUUUAUUUUAAUUCAAUAUAUUAUUUUGACUAAUCCUUAUUUCUAGGAACUAACUGUAUCGCUCUUUCAUUUUUCUCCAUCAUCACUCCAUUGCAAUGUACCAUUUUUAUUGACAUCCAAUGCAGCAGAAAAUUUUAACAUUUUUUCAGCCUCUUGACGAAUGAAACGUAAUAAAUAUACAUUGCCAAAUUUUACUCUCUUUUGGCAAAAAACCAUGUUUCUGUUUCAUGUUCAGAAUAAUUUUCAAAGUUUGAGUUUUUAUUGCAUCAUUACAGAUGCAUUUUAAUUUUUCAAUUUCGAUCUGUGUUCUAAUAUUAGGCUCUUCUGCAAGCUGAGGAAAAUUUUGAAGAAUGUGAUAAAAAAAAUUAAAUUAAAAAAUAAGCUUUCAUAUGUUUCAAAAUUUAAUUGUUGAAAAUAUUUUAAAUAUUAAUUUAACAUGUUGUCAUGUAUGAUAUAUUUAUAUGAUUUGAAAAAAAAUUACAUACCUUUUUGUGCCAAUUUAAACUGAAUUAUCAUUCAUAAAGGAUUGGAAAAAAAGAAAAAGAAAAACUAGUGAAUGUGCACUUAUUAUCAUUAACUUUUAUCUUGGCUAAUCAAAAUGACAUAAAAUUAUUUGAUUGCACUUCAAAAAGUAAGUUGUGCAGGUGUUUUAAUCUAAACAUGUUAUUCCAAGCAGCAUUUUUUGAAAUCAAAUCAUUUUUUUUUCUUUGCAAUUGAAUAUUUUCUCUUUUUUUUUGAAUUAUUUAUGAUGCAUUUAUGUCAUUGAAUGUGAAAUCAUACCUUAAUUUUUAUUCUUUUAGAUUUUUAAAAAUAAGCUAUAUAACGAUCAAUAUUGUAUUACUUUGAAGCAUUUUUCACACGUUCUCCUUUGAUAAUUCAAAAGUUAGUUUGACAAUUUACUUUUUCAUCCAGAAAAACAAUGCACUUGCACUCCUUGUAUGAACACUUAGAAGAGUAAGCAUGUUAUCAUGAACAAUUCAUGUUAUGAAUACAUUUGUGAUGAAAGCCGGUAUGAAUUAUAUGUGAACUGUGUUAUUCACAGACAUUCGUAUCAAGCAUGCUCAUGUGAUUCAGACUUGGUUAUAUUCAUUUCUGUUGCAGUAUUUAUUCCUGUUUAAGCUUACUUUUUACGAAAAAUGAUUAUCUCUUGGAGGUAUGUAUUGAAAAUAGAAACUCCUGUUCCCCUUUCAAAGUCAAAAAAAAAAAAAAAAAAAGUUAAGUCUUGUUCUUAAUUUUGCUUUUGUUAUUGUAAUUGUUGUGAAAAUUCUGUUAUGUAGUCUAGUUUACUUCAUCAAAGAUAUUUCAAAUUAGUUAAUAUGUAACAUCAUACUGCAACUGAAAUGAAAUAUGU